AUGAAACAGAUAGCCCUUUCGAAACUUGAAACUGUUCGUAAGUUAAGUGGGUACCUCUUAAAAAGUUCUCUUGACCAGGACGUUCCAGAGUCCGUAAGGAGCAAGCUAUCCAGGUGUGACUCAGAUGAAUGGCUGGUUUCAGGGAUUGAACUAGAUAGUGAGACCUCUAAACCACUUCUGCUAGAUAGCUCACCAUUCAUCAGAUCCAAGUGUUCAUUCUAUGGAAAAUCAAGGCUGAGAAAAGUAAGCCCUAAUUACGAGGGUAAUAUUCAGGGCCUGGAACAUGAAGGUAAUAUAAAAACCAAUGAACAACAGCUUAGUCAUGAGAGUAUUGAUGAUGCUUCUAAUCACAGAGUAUCUGAAAUACCUUUCAGUCAUCCUUAUGGACUUGCCACACACCUUAACUCCACUCCACCUCGUAAAAAUUCUCCUGUUGUUUACUCUUCAACUCCAAGAAUUUAUAUGAAUGGAAAAUCUGCAGGCCAGCCUUCCUCCCGAAUCAGUGGAGAAGAAGCUACAGUUACUAGUCAAGACAAACCUGGAACUAACAUAUAUUUAACAGCACCAACAGUCAAUGUUGCCGGACAGAAUGUUCUCACAUCAGCAGUCAGUGCCCAACAUCCAGCUGUAGACUCUUGUGGCUCGCAUUUAGAGAAACAAACCAGAGAAUCGAAGAACACACAGCAGCAAAAGGAAAGACUUCCAGAUGAUGAACUCCUAACCUUAAAUGCUAUAAAUUCUAGUUCUAAAAACAGAGAGAUCUUAGGGCUGUCUGUUUUAGAUAAAAGUAUCAAUCUACCCCGUAGUCGUUACUCUUUAGCCUGUCUUCCUAUUUCUGUGGCAGAAAGGAGACCUCGAACACGUUCCCUAUCUAAAGAAGAACCAUACAAUAUUUUGGAUCGUGAUAAAACUACAGCAUUUGGUAAAGUAUCACAGCAACAGUUUGACGUCUCAUCCCAAAGACGACAUGUUAACACCUUGUCUGUUUCAAAUAAAAGCUCACAAACUCCAGCAGUUCCCUUGUUCUCUUCAUCACUCAGGACAGUAAACCCAAAAGUUAGAUCAUCCAAAAACUCACGCUAUGAAAAUACAGCAGACUUUCGAGGGACGAAGACACGGAGAGAAAGUAGUCCCUGCAGUCAACUACACUUUGUCUGAGCAUCAGUCUGUGAAUCAUAGUGCUACAUUUUGUAAUAAACUCUGCUCUUUAUUUUAGCCCCCCAGUGAUACAGCGGUACGUCUGCGGACUUACAACGCUAGAGUCCGGGUUUCUCAGUUGACAAUGAUCCCGAAGAACAAUAAAUUACAGAAAAUCUGGAUCGUUGUUUUUCAAGUCCAGACCUUGUAUAUUUUUAACGUAUUAUUGCUAGAAUUAUGAAGACUCCAAUUAACUUUCCUCGUUUCAUAAGAACAAAAAAUGUUUAUACAGUAAUAAGAAAGAAUAUCGCUGUACACGUUUUGGUAUCACACCAGUUGUGUAAUCUCUUCUGUAUCAGUCGAAAGUGUGUGAAGUUUUAUCUUGAAACAUAAACGAUAUAUGUAUAUAUUUUUAAAAUGAUGAUUUGCCCAUGGAAAAAUCAAACCUUUUGUGUAUUAUAAAUCAAGCAAAUGAUUUCACCGUGUCACAUUUAAAGACAGGUUUUAUUCAUCGUAGUAACAGGUGUUAAAUGUUUUUUUGUUUCAAGUAUGUCUUAUUAUACUGUAAAUAAAAAUAUUUUUACUUUACAUGUGACAUCAUUUUAUAGUGUUAAUAUUGUAUGCUCCGGAAUAAAAGUACAUUCCAAUUCAUUUAUAAUGAAUACAUACAAUCAUAUAUCAGACUUGUAUCUGUGAAGAUGUAUGCUUGUUUUUACAAAAUAGAUAGUAGUAUAUCUUAAACUGUUAUCAAUUAUUUCACCAUCUCUCUUUAAACUGUGCUACUAGUUACAAUUGGCAUUUCAAUAUUUUCUAUCGGCUUUGGCCGAACUGAUGAGAAUCCUGGUAUAGGUAAGUCUAACAAUAGGUAUGUUCACAGUGCUCAGGCCUAACGUCACAGUAUUUUGGUAUGUGUUAGGCUUAACAAUAUGUUUUAUUUUAUUACUUGGCCUAAGGUCAAGUUACUGUGGUAAGUGUUAGGUUUAACAAGCUGUUUUAUUAUAUUGCUUACGCCUAAGUUUAAAUUGCUACGGUUAAGUUUUAGGUCUAACAAAACAUUUUAUCAUAUUUGUUAGACCUAAAGUCAUGUUACUGUGGUAUUAGGUUUGACAAUGUAUUUUUUUUUAUAUUUCUCGCCUAAGUUUAUGUUACUGUGGUAAGUAUUAGGUAUGACAUUGUUUAGGCUUAAUGCCACAUUACUAUAGUGAGUGUUCAAAGCACAAUUCAUAACCCACGAGAACAACAGAUGAUAGAUUAUGCGAUUUUAGAACCAUUAUAACUGUGAACAAUUAACUUGAUGUAUUUUACAUUAUCAAUAUUUUUUCAUCAUCGACUGUAUUCUAUUUUGUAUAUAUAUUUGCUCCUGAAAUAUUGAGAAUUUGACAGAUUAACUGUCUGGUUUACGGCACUAAUCUGCAUGACACUGGUUGCUAUAUUUUAACUAAUUAAAUAUGAAAAUCUCUAAACAAUUCUCGACUUACGAACCUUAAUAGAGAACUUUCUUUGGGCCUAAGUGCUGUUAACCACUGUAUUUAAACUAGUAUAUUCUUUAUAUGCGUAUAUGUUUGGAAGCAUAAUUUUAACACAAACCACGAUAAUAAUUGUGUAAAGCUGUAGCACACACAAAAAAAUAUUUUGAGUGAUAUCGUUGUCCUUGUUAACAAAAUGUAUGUUACUCAAAAUAAAUAGUUUUAAUAAUA